AUGGCAUCUUCAUCUCUAUCAGUCGUGUUGCUCCUGUGCCUGGCCUCGGCGGUGUCGGCGCAGCUGUCGUCCACGUACUACGACAAGUCGUGCCCUUCGGCUCUUUCCAAAAUCCAGGCCGGCGUGGCGGCAGCCGUGGCGAGCGACCGCCGCAUGGCCGCGUCGCUGCUCCGGCUGCACUUCCAUGAUUGCUUUGUCCAGGGCUGUGACGCGUCCGUUCUGCUGAAUGAAACUAGCGUGGGUGGCAACGAGCGGGGCGCAUUCGGGAACGUGGGAUCGCUCCGUGGCUUCGAGGUCAUCGAACAAAUCAAGAAGGAUGUGGAAGCCGUGUGCAAAAAGCCCUACAGCAACAAUGGCUCCGUCGUCUCCUGCGCCGACAUCCUCGCCGUCGCCGCCCGCGAUUCCGUCGUCGCGUUGGGAGGGCCGUCGUGGGAGGUUAAACUGGGAAGGAGGGACUCCACCACGGCUAGCGUGGCACAGGCCAACCAGGACCUGCCUCCGCCCUUCUUGGACGUCGCCGGCCUCAACGCCAGCUUCGCCGGCAAGGGGUUCAGCUUGACCGACAUGGUCGCCCUCUCCGGCGGCCACACCAUCGGGAUGGCGCAGUGCCAGAACUUCAGAAACAGGCUCUACAACGAGCCCAACAUCAACACGACCUACGCGACGAAGCUCAAACUCAACUGCCCCACGUCUGGCGGCAACACCAACCUGGCCCCGCUCGACGACGACACAGCGACCCCCCCGAACCCGGACUUGUUCAACAACGACUUCUUCAUAAACCUCCAGUCAGAGAAGGGCCUCCUUCACUCCGACCAGGUGCUCUACAACGCCACCGCACCCGCCGGUGCCACCGAAGGCAUCGUUAAUGGCUUCGCUUCUAGCCAGGCCGCCUUCUUUAGCGCCUUCGCCUCCGCCAUGGUGAAGAUGGCCAACCUCAGCCCGUUGACUGGCUCUCAGGGCCAGGUCAGGACCGUGUGCUCCAUCCCCAACUAA